AUGGCCGCUGUCGCUGUCAAUUGCAAGGGAUUGAAGAAACUCUAUUGCGAUUCCUGCGAAUUUGGUGCCAAGGGAAUGAACGCUGUCCUCGAUCACUCUUCCUCCCUCCAAGAGCUCUACGUCGUGAAUCUUGGCGGCCUUACUGAAGAUUCCUCUGUUAUCGGUCCAGGCGUCGCUGCGUACUCCCUUAAGAAAAUCUGCAUAAAAGGGAUCCACAAUGGCCAGUGCUUCGGACCCCUAAUUAUUGGUUCCAAGAAUCUCAAAACCUUGGAGAUCUCACUCUGCUAUGGGGAUUGGGAUCAGAUUCUCGAAGCAAUGGCGGAGGAACGAGUCACUGGUCUGGUUGAGGUCCAUCUGAAGACAAUCCGAUUUACCGAUGUAGCUCUUGCUGCUCUCUCGAAUUGCUCGAAUCUGAAGAUCUUACACCUUAUUAAUAUUUACUACUGCAAAAAUGUCAAGCUCAUAGGGCAACUCUACAUCAAUGGAGGGAAGAUAGGUGACGAGGGACUUACUGCCAUUGCCAAAAGGUGCCCUAAUCUUGAGGAAUUGGUUCUCAGUGGUGUCAAUCCUACUUGUUUGAGUUUGGGCGUGGUGGCUACCAAUUGCCAGAAUCUCGAACGAUUAGCACUUUGUCGGAGUAACACGAUUGGUGACGCUGAGAUUUCAUGCAUUGCUGCUGCUCAAUGCAUCGGAUUAAAGCAUCUCGUUAUCAUGGACUGCCCGGGUGUCACCCACCAUGGGAUGGAAGCUCUUUUAACUACUGGAUGCCCUAAUCUGGUCAAGGUGAAUGUUUGGAAUUGCAAGAGAGUAACUGAUGAGGUUUGGCCGUUCUGGUCCGAUUUCACUGCUAAUUCCAAAUCAUAUUUUGACUGA